CCGCAGAGCAAAAAUGGCCCUGAGCCUAUCUGAUCCCAGCCCCCAUGUUUUCCUUCCCGAUAAAAUCGAGAGGGUAGCUUAGCAUUUGUCAAUGCAAAGGAUUCCUGGAAGAAUUAAGAAACGAGAAAGAGUGAAGUUCAAGUCUCUUUUAAUAAAGAAAUCGCAUCAUCACUCUAGCACUUUCUCUCUGUCUACUGCUAGCAACCAAUUUUAUCAUCACUACAUUUGUCUUUCAAGAACUGAAUGUAUAUGCUCUUCUACUCACCAACUGAUCUUUCAUUCACUCACUCAAAUGGAGUUCAAUCUUGAAUACCCUUUUACAAAUUUCCAAGACCUUGUCCUUGACGAUGAUACAGAAAACUUAUCAUCCCUCUUCCUCGUUGAAUCUGAUCACAUGCCUUCAGAGGACUAUAUCAAGUCUCUCAAGAGCACUUCUUCUGAUUUCUCUCUUAGGCAACAGGCCGUCUCUUUAAUCUUCCAGUUUUCCUGUGGCUUCGAUCCGUUUUUAUCGUAUCUUGCUUCCAAUUACAUGGAUCGGUUUUUGUCAAGCCAAGUAAUGCCGCAACCAGAUCCUCGGAUGCUUCAGCUUCUUGCAAUCUCUUGCUUAUCUCUGGCGGCAAAGAUGAGGAAAAUGGAGUUCACUCUCACUCAUUUUAGGGGUGAUGCAGGACUAAUAUUUGACACACAAACAAUAGAGCGAAUGGAGUAUGUCAUCUUGGGAGCUCUGAACUGGAGAAUGCGUUCAGUUACUCCCUUUUCUUUCCUCUCCUUUUUCAUUUCUCUGUUCAAUCUCAAAGACCCACCAUUAAAACACGCUCUUAAAGCUCGUGCAGGUGAAAUCAUUUUCAAAUCUCAAAGCGAUAUCGAGAUUUUAGAGUUCAAGCCAUCAAUAAUCGCUGCAUCGGCUCUUCUCUUUGCUUCUCGUGAACUAUUUCCUAUGCAAUUCCAUUGCUUUAGGAAGGCAAUUUCAAACUCUUCAUACGUAAGUAAGGAAAAGACGUUGGAGUGCUUCAAUUGCAUAGAAGAGAUAGUGAUGGAUGGAUACGAGUCAGCGUUUGAAACUGUGUCCAGCUCGGACACGCCAGUCAAUGAGCUUGACCGGCGAUUUUCAAGCGCAGAAAGUGAUAAGACUCUUGGCUCCACAGCCACCAAUGCUCAGCAGAGGUUAGAGAGAGUUGCCAAGAGGAGAAAAAAAAUGAAUGGUUUCUGUGACAAUCACCAGCCUUCGACUGAUGCAACUGAUUUCUACAAUUAAUCAAUCGCCUGGUCCAUUUGAGAGCGACCCCAGCUAGAGGUUGCUUCAAAUAAACAAGUAAAAUUAUUAUUAAAAAGAAUUGGCGAGUAGUUGAUGUUUCAUGGACAAAAUCAUUGCAACAGAUCUCAGUACGACCCAUUUGCUAUGUUAGCUAAAAGAAAUUAAAAUCAAUGAAGGCUCUGAGAAAGAGAAUAUAAUUUUUGUUUC